GCGUGGCGGCCUGGGCGGAGGCGCAGCGGGCGCGCGGGCGCCGCGUGGCGCUGGUGACGUCGGGCGGGACGCAGGUUCCAGCGCCAUGUUCUAUCUGGCAGCGGCUGUGUCCGAUUUCUACAUCCCUGCUUCAGAAAUGCCUGAACACAAGAUACAGUCUACCGACGGACCUCUACAGAUCACAAUGAAGAUGGUGCCGAAAAUGCUCUCCCCUCUGGUGAAGGAAUGGGCUCCCGAAGCGUACGUAAUCUCGUUCAAGUUGGAAACGAAUCCUUCCAUCCUGAUUGACAAAGCACGGCAGGCCUUAGAGAAAUAUCGUCACCAGGUGGUGGUUGCCAACAUGCUGGACUCUCGAAGAACCUCUGUGGUUGUGGUAACCAGGGAUUUGGAGACCCAGUUGUGCCUUUCCGACGACGAGAUAGCCGGAGGCAUGGAAAUUGAGGAGAAGAUCGUGAGCCAUCUUGAGUUGCAGCACAGGGCUUUUAUGGAGAAAUGACCCUCGACGAGUCACAAAUGACCUUGCUGAAUCCUCAAAUCAGAAUAGACUUUAAAGAAUGGGUUAGGUGGUGGUGGUGGUGGAACGGCGAGGUUUCUGUUACUGGUAAACAGAGGACUUCACAACAUAUUUGUAUGGGAUCAAAAGGGUGAAAAUGCUACAUAAUUUGAUCAUUUUUUGCACACAAGUUUGCUGCUCAUUGCAGAACUUCAAUAUGUAUAUAAAUAAUAGGAACGUUCCUGA